AUGAAAUAUCCAAACACACUCGAUCUGAACACCUACCGGGCGUACAUGUGCGCUCGGCAUCUGAACCGCGACAAGAGUCGCCAGCUGGACGCCAUUAAUCUCGACUGGGACCUGAACGUGCCGGAACCGUUGAAGAUCCUGUGUCUGAAGGCGAUUGCCGACAACUGGAUGACCGUGCCGUACUUUCGUGAGUUGCCACUGUGCGAGGAUCGUCAGUAUCUGCUUGAUCUACUCGAUCUCCACUUCCCGCUGGAGAACCUCUGUGCACGUGUACGUAGUGAUGCGUUCUGGAUGCGGGCCUUCCAUAACCGGUGGCGUAACUUUGCACCGAUAGAGGUUGGAACGAAGCCCUGGAUCCGGAUCUAUCUCGAGCAGCAUCUGUCGGAGAUGGUGGAGCACCUGAAGCCGACCGACUACGAUCAGGAGAGCGUUAAAAAGAUCGUUGACUUGUGUUCACCUUUCGUGCGGGAACUACGUGUCGAGCGCCUGCAGCCUUCACUGUCCGACAACAGUGAUCAUGUGCCGCUGGAUGCGAUUCUGGCAAAUCUAAGGCGACUGCAGCGGAUCAGUCUGACGUACGAUGUAAAGGACGUUGGGCAUAACUUUUUCCUCGGCUGUGCGACCAUCACGGAGAUGGACGUGAAGCUUAUGACGCAGGGCCUCGAACGGUGCACCGAGCUGACCGAGUUCCGGCUGCACAGCAGCAAACUCGAGCCAACUAUGAUGAAGCGCAUCAGUAUCGCCCUCAACAAGGGUUGCCCGAAUCUGCGCACGAUCGCGUUCCCUCACUGCCGUUGCGGAGAUAUUGGCCUGCGAGCGUUCUGUGAGCCGAUCACCCCGAAAUCUUUCCCCAACGUACGGGAGGUCAUUUUGACCAACAACUUCCUGUCUCCGGAGAGUGUACAGGAGUUGACGUGGCGCUUGCGGCAUCGUAAAAUUGAGCGUUUGGAUUUGAGGCUUAAUCCUAUCCUCACCGAGGGGGCCGUCUUUGUAAUGACCAGCGUGUUCCAAAUGCCACUUAAGGAUCUCAAUCUUAGCUGCUGCUCGAUCGACGAGCAGAUCGAGGAAUAUCUGCUGAUGCUGAUACGAUUCAACUACACCAUCAAACGCUUGGACAUAUCCUCCAAUCAUCUCGGGCCGGCCAUGGGCGAACGAUUGCUGCAGCGUGUCUACGAAAAUAACACCCUCCAGCAGUUCGAUUUGCGCAACACGAACAUUUCGUACGACGUGCGCGCGAUCAUCGACGAAGUUAUAUUGGAAAAUCGUGAUCCACACAGUUUACACAAGUGGUAA